AUGUUGACUAAUGCAUUUUUGGAGCAGGGUAGGACAAUCAGGCUUCGACUCCCAGUCAGAGACUCGCCAAUUCUUCCCAACGGGAUACCAAAGCAAUGCGAUCAACAAGAUCAGCGUUUGGUUAUUAGACCGACAACGACAUAUGUCCCGUCUUCACAAGCUAGUAAUGACGGGGCAAGAGGACAGGGAGAAUGGAUACAAGCAAAGCUCCUUUUCCGUCGGUACUGGAGAAAUUCACCAAAUCAUAAUCCCCUGGAAUCGACUGGAAGCACUCCAGCGCGCAUCGACUGGCACCCGAGAGUGCUGCAGUUUGCGGGGGGAGCCCCCGUUUGCUUGGUUGGCUAUCUUAACCCUAGACGCUUGCAAGCCAAUUCAAAUGUGCAAUCCUCGCCACUACCAGGAGUGUCCAAGAAUUCGAACACUCGUCUGAUCUCGUUGGAGGAGGGAGAGGAUGCGGCACGUCAGAUAGGAGCGGAGGCAUACUUGGAAUGGACGGAAGAGACGAGCAGAUCGUUGGAAUUGAUGAAGACGCUAUUUUGGUAUGGGUACUAUUAUCACUUGGACAAACCAUUUUCUCCAGCCGAAACUCGGAAAGAUUAUAGGUCUUAUAUCUGA